AUGCCUCCUCUCUCACAAGAAGAUCAGGACUUCGUCCGCGUCUUCGGCUACUACCUUGAAAAUCGAAUCGACCAAUCGCCUACCAUGCCGGCAAACGUAUCGAAACCGUUACCGCCCGCACCGCGUGCUUCGGACGUUGUACUCACCGCCGCUGCUACCGCUUUCAUUGGCAACCACACCGCGCCGGACGCUGACGUCCCCCAAGAAGACGAGUGUCCCAUCUGUCUGGAGACCUACUCAGACGCUCCCGAGCCCUGCCUGCGUGUCACAGGUAAAGCAGGCUGUACUUGCCGCAUUGGCCUUGUCUGUCUUGGAGAGAUGCUGAGCAUGAGCCCCGAGAAAGAGAAGAAGUGUCCGCUCUGUCGCGCCUUGUGGAUCGCCAGCACGGUACCUCCGCCGCGAACUGCUCGCCCGGAGAUGGUCAAUCCAGGUACCGUCGGUCGCUCGUCCAGGGUGGCUGAUAUGCCGAGGACUUCUGCCUCUCAUGUGUCGAGGUUGUCUGCGACUGCCAACCCGUUCUUGCCUCGUGGAAUUACUUCCACUCCCGUCGUCAACAUGUCACGGGAUGAUGCCGGCGAUGAGGACUACAGUGAGCUUACCCGCGACAUUGAGAACGUUCGCGCACGCGCACGCGGUACCCAGUCAUCGAGGAGCCAGCGCAGGCAAGAGAUGCGCGACUUGAUCGCCCAACGCCCAGCAUUUCUCUUGAGCCCUUCCGUUCGUCGCACCGCCUCUCUGGCCGCCCCUGCUCCUCCUCGCCGAGCACAGGAUGCCGGCGCUGGAGCAACUUCUACCUCUUCCGGUGAUCGCAUUAGUAGCCUCGCUUCUACUCAUCGUCGAGCACAAGACGCCGUCGCUGGAGCAUCUUCUACUCCUUCCAGUGGUCGCAAUGCCUCUAUUGCAACUCCUCCUCGACGAGCACUGGAUGCCGGCGCUGGAGCAUCUUCUACGCCUCCCGCCGCUGAACGCCCUACCAUCGCCGCCCGCCGCGGUUCAGCCCGUCCCGCCUCCAUCCGUCCUUCCAUCCAGCUCGGACCCAGCGCUCUGCUGCUCCCACCCGCAAACCUCACACCCGCGCCCAAGUCUGCUGCCCCUGCGCAUCCCAAGACGCCUCCAGCGCCCGUUCGUCCCAGCCGCGCAGAAGAGCAGAAGAAGGAGUACCAAGCCCGCUCACGUGAACUCGAUACCCGGGAGAAGGAACUUAACACCCGUGCGCAGGCCCUGGAAAUCCGCGACUACCAUCUCGACACACGCGAGGAUGCCGCCAAGUCUCAGGAGAAAGUCUACAACAAGCGCAAGGCCAGCCUCGAUGCUCUCGAGAGCAGCCUCAACAAGCGCACCAAGGUCUUGGAUGAGCGCGAAGUCAAGGUUGCAGAGAAGUUGAAGAUGUCGAAGGAGCACAGGGAGGAGAUGAAACGUGUGUCGGAGUUGCAGAAGGACGAGAUGACGGUUCGGAUGGAGGUACAGGUGGAGAGGCAGAUAACAGAGAUGAAGCGUAUCAUGGAGAGGCAGAAGGGGGAGAUGAAGAACAUGAUCAGGGUUCAGCAGCGUCACAUGGACGAGUUGUAG